UGCCAAUGGCCGUGAAAAUAGAUUGUGUCAAUACUGUCAAUGUCAGAAAAAUAAAAUUGAGAAUAAUUUCGCGGUAAAAAGGCAUGUUAUUUGUUAAUUUGAAAAGCACUAUAGCGUUAACUGUUUGUGAUUUGUUUACAUACGUAUCACAUAUUAUUUGAAUAUAAACAAACAUGUUAGUGGAAAACAUUACCUAAUACAAAGUGUACCAAUUUUAAUUAUAUUCACACACCAUAUACAUUCACAAAAUGUCAAAAAUAUUGAUUAUUUUUUUAAGUUUAUAAAAACUUGAAUAACUAUAAAGAGUAUUAGGAGCAUAUUUCGUAAACAUUACAAAGGAAUCCAAAAAGAUUAAUUUUAAUGAAGACAAAACGUAUUUCAUUAUUCAGCACAAAUUUUUGUUUGGUACUUACUAGUUAAUAUUUUACAAGUCAACUUGAAAAAUUGAAAUGGCGAAACAAGUUGCUGAAGUAGAAAUACAUGCUUCAGACUCCCAGGAGACCCUUGUGGACGACAAUCUGGAGGUCAGCGUGGAUCUGAUUGACAAAAAUCUUUAUUUAGGAAACCUGGCAUGUGCACACAGUCAAGCGACAAUACAAACGCUUGGAAUAACUCACAUCUUGACAGUGGACUUGGUUCCUUUACCGAGGAUUAUACUGGAACGUCCUCAUCUCAUAUUUAGAUAUGUGAAAUUGGCUGAUGUGCCCAAAGAAGACCUAAUAAGUCAUCUUCCCACUACGAACAAUUAUAUAAGUGAAGCCAUCGACAGUGGAGGAACUAUAUUAGUGCAUUGUUAUUUUGGUGUAUCCCGUUCAGCAGCUGUUGUUAUAGCAUACAUAAUGAAGAAGUACGGGCUGUGUUACGAGGAAGCCUUCUCGCUGGUCAAAAACAAGAGACGGUUCAUAGGUCCAAAUGUAGGAUUUGUGGCACAGCUCAAAUUGUACGGGCACAUGGGAUGUGCGAUUAACAAAGAUGACCCUAGAUACAAACAGUUUAGGUUGAAAAUGGCGGGCCAAAAGUUAAAACAAGUGAAGAUCCUGCCGCAAGUGUUCUGGGAGCUGGUGAAGCCGGACCCGGGCGUGGUCCGCGAGCGCCCCUCGCCGCACGUGUACCGCUGCGUGCGCUGCCGCCGCGUGCUCGCCGCGCACAACAACCUCAUCCCCCACCUGCCGCGCCCGCUCAAGCUGCAACUCGCCAAGAAAGGUAUAAGGCCCCCUCCGAGUAAACUGACGGGUUUGACCUGCGUUGAAAACGGCGAGAUCCUGAUACAGAAGUUGAAGAGCCUCGCCUGUCAGAUCCUCGAGAGCGACGAGCAGGCUGACGGGGGACACGGCGGCGACGAAAUGGAAGGAAGCAAUCAGGAGUUACUGGACGGUUACAACGAGCAGAACCUGGUGGACGGCAGUGUAGUGCCGCGGGAAUGCGAGACGAUAUGCCGACAGAUGUGGUUCGUGGAGCCGAUGGCGUGGAUGAGUGACGUCACGCACCAGCCCAGCGGGAAGCUGCACUGUCCCAAUUGCAAGAACAAGAUCGGGAGCUUUAGUUGGGUUAUGGGUUGCAAAUGUCCGUGCGGUCAGAAAGUGGCUCCAGCUUUCUAUUUAGUACCAUCCAAAGUGGAGAGAUCUAAUAUAGUUCAAAACGUACAAACCACUGUAUAGAAUGCAUAGUAUAGUUUUGAUUUGCUAGUCAGAGCCACAGACGCUUAAAGCAUUAUUUUCCACUCUCUCAGCACAGAAACGAAAAAAAAUGAACAAAAGACCAUUUGCAAUCGUAUCUAAAUCAUAUCCAAAAUGUAUCAGCUUAUAAUAAAGAAGAAAAAAAAGCUCUGUCUUUAAUCGCUCCGUCAUUAUUACCUUUUAUAAAUUACGUGUCACGUUGUUUGUCCGCGAUGGACACCUAAACUACUGAAGCGAUUUUAACGUUUUUUUUGUUUUAAAUAUCUGUUUUGUUCUAACUUAGGCCAUAGGAUGGUUUUUUUUAUUUAUUGCUUAGAUGGAUGGACGAGCUCACAGCCCACCUGAUGUUAAGUGGUUACUGGAGUCCAUAGACAUCUACAAAGUAAAUGCGCCACCCACCUUGAGAUAUAAGUUCUAAGGUCUCAGUAUAGUUACGACGGCUACCCCACCCUUCGAACCGAAACGCAUUACUGCUUCACGGCAGAAAUAGGUGGGGUGGUGGUACCCGUGCGGACUCACAAGAGGUCCUACCACCAGUGAUUACGCAAAUUAUAAUUUUGUGGGUUUGAUUUUUAUUACUACGAUGUUAUUCUUUCACCGUGGAAGUCAAUCGUGAACAUUUGUUGAGUACGUAUUUCAUUAGAAAAAUUGGUACCCGCCUGAGAUUCGAACACCGGUGCAUCGCUACAUACGAAUGCACCGGACGUCUUAUCCUUUAGGCCACGACCGACUUUUAUUUCGAUGAAUGGUCGCAAUAUUUAUUAAUUAAUAAAAUGAUUUCUUAUGUUGAUUAUCGUUAUUAAUUGUAAGUUUCAUAAGUCUAAAACAGAUGGCGCCUUUAAUCAGUUUUUACAGACAAUUAUAAUACUGUCUGACAUUGAUAUCUCAUAGAUGGCGCUGUGUUAAAAUUCCAACGUUUCACAUAAGCUACAAUUUAUGGCAUAUACAUACGUGUUGCGGAGGCUAAAGUAUAAGUGAAAUUUAUUUCAUAGUUAACUCAACAGUGACAUCCAAUUGUUCUUUGUUAAUUUUAACAUAGCCGGCCACGUGUUAUUUAGAAACAAAAACCUUAGCCACAACAACGGUGGCCGGGUCUGCUAGUUAAAUAUAUUUUAAAAAUAUAUUAUGUUUAAAAGAUAAGAUUUAAGAGCUCAAUAGCUUUCUGCUUGUUAUUUCGAUUAGGAUUAGAAAGUUUCAUUUUUUAAGAACAUCUAAGACAAUAUAAUGAGUACUAAAGUUUAGUCUAUUUAGUUAUAGGUAUAGUUUGAAAUACUGUAACGUUUUAGUAGUUGUUGAAAAAAGAUCAUGAGCAAAAUGGAAAUAGAUAUGCUAAAAAUAUGGUUAAGAUUUAGUAAAGAAAUCUGAAGCUUACAGUAAGAUUGAACAAAAGUAUUUUUGGGAUUUUAUUGUGUUACAUAGUGUAGUGACAAGUUUUAAAAACUUACAAAGCCAAUACAUAGCAAUACAUUAAUGUAUUCAAAUUUCUUAUUAAUAUAUUAUUAGAAUUAUUUUUGUCUGUAGUCAAAGUUAAUAAAUCUAUUUAUUAUUCUAAAA